AUGCCUGGGUGAGAAAUCUAUUUAAAUUAAAACUUGAAGCCAAGAAGGACUGUGACAGUCACAUGACAGAGUUCCUAACCGUUAUUGAAAAGCUGGAAUCUAAACAGUACAAAAUGGAUGAGGAACAGAAAGUUUGCUAUUUUUUGAGGUCACGAGGACCUAAAUUUCAAAACUCUCAUGGAUGACAAACCAAACCUAAGGCUAGCAGAUGUGAUCGAGCACCUGAGAGAGGAAAGUGUGGAGAGAAGAGCAAGCUUCCCAGCCAGGGAUACAAGACAAACUAUGCGUCUCAGUCCCAAAGGAGAGCCAAGGCUACACUCAGAAAAAUUAUUUGCUUCAAAUACAGCAAAGAAGGUCACAUUCUGGAAGAUCCCCUGCAUUUAAGCAAGCAAGCCAAAGUAAGGGGAAAAGAAAAGGGCCUUCUUUUGCAAGAGAAGAAUCUAACUGUAAACAAAAUCAAGUAGAUGAUUAAUGGACUCAUAUGAGUUUAUAUAUAUAUAUAAAUAUAAAUCUUUGGAGGCAUUAACAAUAUUGACCCAUCAGUGGAUGGCAAUAUCCAAGCUGCAGAUGGCAAAACCAUAACAAUAUGUGGUGCAGGUGCAGGAACCUCAAAUUGCAAGCUAAGCAAUCUACUGAGAGAGAAUCCUGUGGAACAGGUCCUGUUUGUCCUACAGUUGAAUUGCAGCAUGUUCAAUGUAUCUACCUUGGACAGGAAAAAUGGUUUCUGUGUGCAGUUUGAGGACUGAAGAUGCCAGGUGACCGGAGAUGGUGAAUUAUGUGUUGAGACUAAUAUCGCAGAACCUCAGAAGGCUGAAGCAGACCCAGAGCUCUGGCACAGAAGGCUUGGCCACAGAGGCAUCAAAGCCAUUAGGGAACUGAAAUGCAAGGAGCUUGCAAGAGGGGAGAAGGUACUCCAGAGUGCAUCAACCGCAAUGAAGUGCGUAGGUUGCCUAACUGAGAAAAGUGUUAAACCGUUUCCCCCCCGCCCCUCAUAUACUCAACAAAGAAGCACCAGAGUGCUUGAUGUAGUCUAUAGUGAUGUAUGUGGGCCACUGAGUGUUUCCUUGCUAGGGAAAAAUGAGUACGUUGUUUUUUUCCUAGAUGACUUUUCAGGAUACUGUGUUCUGUACCUCCUUAGGGAGAAAAAUGAGACAGUGGAUAUGUUCAGAAAGUACCUCGCCAUGGUGAGCAACAAGUUGCAGAGGGAAACUACAACUCUCAUGAACGACAACAGUGGUGAGUUUACUUCAAACCACAUGAGAACCCUCCUGGAAGAGGAAGCCAUUACACAUGGGAGGAGUGUUAGUCACACCCCACAACAGAGCUCAGUAGCUAAUACAGAGUUUAUGGAGAUGACCUGAUGCAUGCUGAGCGAUGCUGGCCUCCUCAAAUGCAUGUGGGGAGCUGCAGUAGCCACUGCAGGGUAUCUCCAGAACAGACUGCGGGGGCAGCAUGCACACCUUUUGAGCUUUGACAUGGAAGUGUACUUAACCUAUCACACAGGCAUGUAUUUGGCAGCAUUGCCUAUAUACCCAAAGAGAAUAGGCAAGCUGAACUCCAGGGUAGAAUGAGAAACUAUGCUAAGGUAUACUUCUGGAGGCAAAGGUUACAGAGUUAUGGACUUAGAAACACGAAAGGUCAGUGCAAGAAAAGUGCUUCAUUUUGAUGAGCACAGUGAACAGUAAAAUGCUUUUUCUGGGCAGUGAGAGGAAGAGACACAAGACCUCAAGUACUUUUCUGAAUUGAUAUGCAAUAGGCCAGGUCUGCCUUCUACUGUCACACCAGCUAGCACAGAUUAUGAACAGGAAAAAGAAGCAGAGGAGCAGAUUCCAAGCAAUACUACAGGGGAGGAUACUGGUGCCUGCACUGGAGGGCGAUGAGGAUGCUGAGGCGGCUGCAGACACUCAUCGAGACCCAGCAAAAGUAUCCCAGCUCCAUGACUGCCCUACAUCGCAAGGCCUGUACAACUCCACUUGGGAAGAGAUUAAGCAGAUGCCAACUGCUGAACAGAGGAGAAGCCUUAAGAUACGUUUACUAUGAAUGCUCAAGCGAUGGAAUGUUUGCUCUUCACACAGGAACUCCCGGGUUCAAUCUUCAGGAAGGACUGGGCAAGGCCCCCUACCUGAAGCCCGGAAGAGUUGCUGCCGGUCAGUGUUGACAAUACUGAGCUAGAUGGGCCAAUGAUCUGACUCGAGAAUAGGCAGCUUGCAAUGUAUAUCUGUGUCUGAGAGUGCCGGAAAUUGUUCUUGGAUAAAGGGGAGGUAUCUCUUCUCCUACAUGUAGCAUCUGCCUGAUGUGGCAUUCAAGUCUGAGAGGAGGUGCAGAGCCCUGAAUAAAAUCCAAAAUAAAGCCGAGAAGAGCAUGGGCCUGGCUCCCUCACUCCCCAUGGGGCCACCUCCUUUCCCGUACACCUGCUUGCAAGGCGGCCUCUUACAGAGGCCUCCAAGUUCCAAAGUGCCUGUCUAACGGGUUCGUUAGCUGUCGCAGAUUCCAGCCAGCUGGCACUGCAAGGUGGGCUGGAGGCACCGGCGGGUGUUUCUGCAGAGCUUCGCCACCGUCUGCACAGAUUUAGAAAGGUUGUGUCUGUGGGGAAAGAGCUUGGCAUCCUCUGCUUGAAAAUUAAAAGGAUGAAAGAGACCCCUUCUUAUUCUGAGGCUCUGCCACCAAGCAACAACAGAAGCUUCCUCUAUUCUGUCAGUGAUUUGAGUGAUUGGUUGGUUGGUUGGUUGGUUGGUUGGUUGAUUGGUCAGUUGGUUGGUCGGUUGGUUGCAUUUAUAGCCCCCUUUUUCCUCCAAGGAGCUCAAGCGGGCAAACAUGGUUCUCCUCCUCAUUUAAUCCCCACAACAACCCUGCCAGGUAGGUUAGGAUGAGAGGCAAUAGCUGUGACCAAGGGCACCCAGUGGCCAAGAAGGGAUUUGAACCCUGGUCUCUCCUAGGUCACUUUAGCCACUCUACUGUACUAGCUGUGAUUUUUAUUAUUUUUAUUGAUGGGGAACAGGAGCUGGUUGGCAGGCCAAUUAUGACAGAUAGGUGGGGCUGCCCAGCUUUCAACCACUGGAACGUGAGUGCAAUUGUUAUCAUAUAGCACGGCCUGGCUUGGACUGUACCACGGCAGGCUGGAGAAGACUUACAUGUAAAAACCUCACUGCACCCAGAGCUCCCUCACCCUUGUACUCCCUGCUCCAUGAGGUUUUUUUGGUCCUAAGGACAUGAGAAGAGCCCUGCUAGGUCAGACCAAUGGCCCAUCUAGUCCAGUAUCCUGGUUUCACAGGAGUCAACCUGAUACUCAUUUUGGGAAGCCCCCAAGCAAGACCUGAGCACAAAAGCACUGUCCCCUCCUGUAGUUUCCAGCAACUGAAGCAUUUCUGCCUCCAACUGUGGAGGCAGAGCUCAGCCAUUGCCCUCUUUGGAAGCCAUCUAAGUUGGUGGCCAUCACUGCCUACUGUGGGAGGGAGUUCCACAGUUUAACUGUGUGCUGCAUGAAGAAGUCGUAGAAUCAUAGAACUGUAGAGUUGGAAGGGACCCCAAGGGUCAUCUAGCGCAACCCCAUGCAAUGCAGGAAGCUCAACUAAAGCAUCCGUGACAGAUGGCCAGCCAACCUCUGCUUCAAAACUUUCAAUGAAGGAGAGUCAUUUCUUUUAUCUGUCUUGAAAUUUCCAUCAUUCAGCUUCAUUGGAAGUCCAGGAGUUCUAGUGCUAGGACAGAGGGAGGAAAACGUAACACAGAGGAAAUGACGGGUGGAGGGCACAUGGCCUGAGAGUUGUACCCUGUGCAGCUUUGCAGAGAUCCAGGCACACGCCGUCGGAAAAUCUCACUGCUACCCCAAUCACUGAGGCCGCUGCUCUGGUCCCAAGCUGCAGUAACUACUCUGUUGCCUGAAGGUCUGGCUCCUAACUCUUUACACCUCUUAUGUCUUCCAGGGUGUUAAUGGAGAAGAGGUCGAAUGACAGCCGGGACUGUGGUCAUCACAGGCGGAAUAUUAGCGACUGUCAUAUUACUGUGUAUCAUAGCAGUUCUCUGCUAUUGUAGGCUUCAGGUAUUUCAAUUAUAAAAGUGUGCGGGGAGAAGGGGUUUUAAAGGAGAAGAGGCAAAGGUGGGUGAAGCAACAGGUGACCACAGAGCUAUGAAUUUCAGAAUGGUGUAAUGAUCUUUCCAGGGAACUGUAGCUGUGAGGGGAAGAGGGGAUCUCCUAACAACACUCAGUAAUCUCAACAAACUACAUUUCUUAGGAUUCUUGGAGUGGGGGGCCAUGGCUGUUUAAAGUGGUAUACUAGUGCUUUAAGGCUUACGCCCGGGCUCUCUGCAGGAACGUAUUCUCCCAUACAAACCCGCCUGGGCUCUGAGUAGCCCUUUGUUCAGACCCACCUUGGUGGGGACGCAGGAAAGGGCCCUCUUGGAAUUCCUUCCCUUGAGAAGCCAGACAAGCUCACUCUUUGCUCUCCUUCCACUGGCAGGUGAAGAUUGUUUUAUUCCAACAGGCCUUUAAGAACUGACUGCUUUUUUAAGGGCUAAUAAUAGUGCUGUGCUAUUUUUGCAAUCUGUAUUUUGAUAGAGGUGUUUUUAUAUUGUUUAGAUUCUAUUAGAAUUUAAUUACUUUCACAUUAUUUUCUUCUAUAUGUUUUUAACUUUUUUGCAUUUUAUCUCUGUUGUUUUAAUUUGUGUAAGCCACAUUGAGCCCCAGUGUGGGGGAAAAGUGGGAUAAAAAUUAUUAUUAUUAUUAUUAUUUUUAUUAUUAUUAUUAUUAUUGCUGCUGCUGUGUACACAAUAUACAUUUAAAGCACAUUCAAAGUGCAUUCUUUCCUUCAAAUAAUUCUAGGACCUGUAGUUACAAUUCCCACCAACUGUUAACAAACUACAGUUCCCAGAAUUCUUUGAGCAUGGGCAGCAGGAGCGAUGUGCUUGCUUGGAGUUUUUGUGGAUCUCAUGGGAAAGCAUCAAUGUCAACCUGAAAGGGAGACAUGGUGAGACGUACAGCCACCUUCUCAUCAAAUCCCUGCCUCUUCCCCUCUUUGCCUCCCCCAGUAUUACUGCUGCAAGAAGGAGGAGUCCGACGAGGACGGUGAUGAACCAGACUUUGGCAUGGAUUCCCACAUCCCGCCUCUCCACUGCAACCGCAACGUGGCUCUGACGAACGGCCCAUCCUUGUACCGAUCUUCGUCCUCCCCCUACAAGAAGCACUCCCAGUGCCGGACAGUAUGCCCCAACUGCUCACACUAUGAGCCGCCCACCUUCUUCCUCCAGGAGCCAGAGGAGGAGGAGGAGGAGGAGGAAGAGGAGGUCCAGAAUGGGGGCGACCUCAUCAACUACAAGGCCAUCAGCCAGGAAGACCUGGAGCUGCCCGUCAACAUGAGUGGCCUCCAGGCCCUCAACCCCAACCGCCUCUCAGCCAUGCGGGAGGCUUUCUCGCGCAGCCGCAGCAUCAGCACGGACGUCUAA